CUCUACUACCAUUCAUUGUAAACAGGACGUUUAGUUUAUUGAACACACAUCAAUUCUAGUUUUCUUUAGAAUAUAAUGAGUAGCAGCUCAACCGUUACUAAAAAAAAGGGCAUGAAGCUAAAGCGCCCUGAUAAAUCGCGUUUCGUACAACAGAGUCUUCCUGCUUGGCAAUUCAUCUUUACACCAUGGUCUGUUCUUCCUUUGCUAUUUGUUUUGGGUGUCAUCUUUGCUCCUCUGGGUGGGGCAAUGUUCGUUGCUAGUCAAAGGGUAAGAGAAGUCAGGCUUGACUACACAAAUUGCCUAGGCGCCGGUAAUACUUUUACUGACAUACCUAAAAAAAACAUUGUCUAUCAAAUGACCGGAUACAAUAAUGUAUCUGCUAAGUGGAGAUCGGAAAAUGAUCAUUGCUACAUACGAUUUCACAUCCCAGAGAAGCUGGGUGCUCCAUUGUAUUCCUUUUAUCGUUUAACCAAUUUUUAUCAAAACCAUCGUCGGUAUACUGCAAGUGUUGACGUUUUUCAACUCCGUGGUGAACCAAGGACAAAAGAAGAAAUCAAAGAAGGUGAAUGUAGCCCGUUAACAGUAAACGAAGAUGGAAAACCGUAUUAUCCUUGUGGACUAAUAGCAAAUUCUUUAUUUAAUGACACUUUCUCAUCGCUCGUUCGCUACGAUUCGUGGGAUAGCACAAGCUCGUUAGAUGAGUAUCAAAUGACUUCAAAUGGAACUGCUUGGCCAGAGGAUAAAGAACGUUAUAUAAAAACAAGCUAUAACGCCUCCGACGUUGUUCCUCCUCCGAAUUGGUCUAAGAUGUAUCCUGAUGGAUACAACGACGAAAAUUUCCCUGAUAUAUCAACUUGGGAUGAACUUCAAGUCUGGAUGAGAAUAGCUGCUCUUCCAACUUUCAGUAAGCUUUCAAAGAAAAAUACAACGACUGAAUUGGAAUCUGGUAUAUAUGAAGUCGAUAUAGGAUACCACUUCCCUGUAACCGAGUUUAAAGGCACCAAGUCUUUUAUGCUUUCUACGACGACAGCUAUAGGCGGUAAGAACUACUUCUUAGGAAUCAUGUAUAUGGUAAUUGCUGGCUUGAACAUUGCCAGUGGUAUAGUUCUGGGUAUCGCAUGUUUAAUUAAACGACGACGCGUGGGAGAUCCACGUUACCUAUCUUGGAAUAAACAGAAAACUACAUGAUGCUACACAAUGCCGCUUAUACAUCAUGCCAGCGAUAUUAUGAUUGCGAGCUUAUAUUAUGAAUGACUAAUGUCUUUCUGAAAUUAAUUUCUUUAACUCUUACUUUCGUUGUAAAUUAGAUUACUGUGUCUUUUUGGGACUUCUAUCUUUGUGACCCUAUCCAUAUAUACAUACAUGACUACACUAUAUAUGUAUAUAUACUAAUGAAAUUUCGAAAUGAAUGAAUAUUUGUGCGUGAAACUUAGACAUUAGCGAAGAAAAUAAAUUAAGAUCAUUGCGUUUGCACUUUA